GAGAAAAUGGCCGCCACCGACGCCACUUCCACCGGCGACGACAUCAACGAAGAAAGCAUCAACAAGUGGGAAUCCCUCCGCCUCAAAACCCUAGCCGAGCAAACUUACAGCUCUUCCGACCUUAAAUUAGCUAUCAAAUAUGCGAAGCGCGCACAGCGUCUAUGCCCAACCCUCGACGGCGUCUCCGAAAUGCUAACCGCCUUCAAGAUACUCAGCGCCGCCGCAAACACCAUAGAAGCCACUACGACACCGCACUGGUACAAGAUUCUCGAGGUAGAACCUUUCUCUCACAUUAAUACAAUUAAGAAACAGUAUAAGAAGUUAGCCCUAAUUUUGCAUCCUGAUAAGAAUACGUUUACUGCCUCGGAAGACGCUUUUAAGUUAGUAAAUGAAGCUUUUAGUGUUCUAUCUGAUAAGGUUAGGAGGAAGGAGUAUGAUAUGAAGCUUAGAAUCGCAUUGCAGACCGCGGUAGAGGCGGAGGUGGAAUCUGGAGGUGGAGCAGUGGCAGAGGAUACGUUUUGGACAGCUUGUUCAACUUGUAGGUUAUUGCAUCAGUUUGAUAGGAAGUAUUUUGGGCAUAAUCUGAUGUGCCCUAGUUGCAGGAAGACUUUCAAGGCUAUGGAGGUAGAGGAUGGUAAGAAGGCGAUGGUGGGUGAUGAAAGGGAUGGCGUUGAUACCAUGGAAAGCGAUAGGAUUCGUAAUGUAAGUGAUCCAAAGAGGAAAAUGAGUAGUGUUGGGGAGAUCAUGAAGAGAUCUGAGCAAUCGAAAAAGAUUGACAGAUCAAAAAUCGAAAAUGUCAGCAAGCUUUCAACAGGUCUGAAUAAAGAGGAUAAUGGUAGCAGGGUUAGAGACAAUGAGCCAUUGAAGGAGAAGACAACGAAUGAUGAAGAUGAAGAAGAUAUGAUGACACUAGCUGAAAUUCAGAGAUUAGUGAAAACAAAUGUUAAAGAAGAUAACUUGAAAGUGAAGGGGAAAGAUAAGGUACAAAGAAGUAGGAAUUCAAAGAAUGAAAAAAGUGGGAAUUCAAAGAACAAAAAAAGUGGAUCAAAGAGGGCAGAUUCAAGAAAUGAGACAAAUGGAGAAGGGAAAAAGAAUCAGGAUAUCGAGAUCAUGCCAGUGGAAGACUCAGAUUUUUAUGAUUUUGAUAAAGGAAGAGUCGAAAGGAGUUUCAAGAAAGGGCAAGUAUGGGCUCUAUACGAUGAUGAUGAUGGAAUGCCAAGGCAUUAUGGUUUGAUUGAUGAAGUGGUCUCAACCCAUCCGUUUGAGGUCGACAUGGCUUGGUUGGACCCCCAAACCAACUGUGAUGAAGGAUUAAUUAGUUUAGAAAGAAUGGGAUUUCAUAUAUCUUGUGGGAUGUUUAAGGUUUCCAAGAAAACUAAAAUCACAUCUCUUAAUGUAUUUUCACAUAUUGUGGACUGUGAACGCGCAGCCAGAGAGGUUUAUAGGAUUUAUCCUAAGAAGGGUUCGGUGUGGGCGCUUUAUAGUCAAAACGAUGAGUUAGUUCGAGAGAAUAGGCGUUAUGAUAUUGUGGUCUUUUUGACAAGUUAUAGUGAAGUAUAUGGAUUGAGCAUGGGGUACCUUCAGAAGGUCAAUGGAUUUAAAACAAUUUUCAGGAGACAAGAGAUCGGUUGUCAUGCUAUCAAAUGGCUUGAAAAACACGUCGUUCGGUUGUUUUCGCAUCAGAUUCCAGCAAGGAAGCUUUCUGGGGAAGAGGCUGCGGAUCUUUCAGGAGAUUGUUGGGAACUCGAUCCUGCAUCACUUCCUCCGGACCUAAUUACUGUUGGUCGGCAGAAUCAGGGUUUGCUUGUCCACAAGUGAUCAUCUUUGUAUGUACAGUUCUCUAUUAGCUCAUGUUCUUUAUUUUUGUUAAACGGAAUAUGAGCCUGGCCAAAGGUAAAAUUUCCUUUUAAUGCAAGUUUCAAUUGAAGUACUGCAUG